UCCAAGAUGGCGCUGGGCGGGCGGCUGUGAGCGGCGCUCCGGGCGCGCUGGGCGGGGAGCCGAGCCGGGCCGGCGGCGGGAGGACGGGGCGGCGCAGGCCGGGCGCCGAGGACGAGGAGCCGCAGGCAGGGCCGGCCGGCCGGCGGGCUGAACGCCGCCGCCGACGCACAUGAGGUGACCAGGCAUUGAUGCACCCCCAAGGGAGGCCACGUGCUCAAGGAGGCCACCCCCACUGGCUGCUGCUCACAUGGUUUCUGGGCCCCUGGCACUCAGGUGGUACGCGUGGGCAGGGCGUGGGGACAUGGGGCCCGACAUGGAGCUGCCCAGCCACUCGAAGCAGCUCCUGCUGCAGCUGAACCAGCAGAGGACAAAGGGCUUCCUGUGUGAUGUCAUCAUCAUGGUGGAGAACUCCAUUUUCCGGGCCCACAAGAAUGUCCUGGCUGCCAGCAGCAUUUACUUCAAGUCCCUGGUCCUGCACGACAACCUCAUCAACCUGGACACAGACAUGGUCAGCUCCACCGUGUUUCAGCAGAUCCUGGACUUUAUCUAUACGGGCAAGCUGCUGCCCAGCGACCAGCCGGCCGAGCCCAACUUCAGCACUCUCCUCACUGCCGCCAGCUACCUCCAGCUGCCCGAGUUGGCAGCCCUCUGCCGCCGCAAGCUCAAGCGAGCUGGAAAGCCCUUUGGCUCUGGACGGGUGGGAGCCUCUGGCAUGGGGCGACCCUCUCGCAGCCAGCGGCUGUCCACAGGUUCCGUCAUCCAGGCGCGGUAUCCGGGGCUCCUCGAUGGGCGCAAGGGGGCCCAUACCUCCCAGGAACUCCCCCAGGCCAAAGGCUCGGAUGAUGAGCUCUUCCUCGGCAGCUCCAACCAGGAGAGCGCACUUGGCCUGGGCCGGGCUGUCUGUCCAGCCAGUGGGGAGGCUGGCCUGGGUGGCUGCAGCACCAAUGGGAGCAGUGGGGGCUGUGAGCAGGAGCUGGGCCUAGACCUGUCUAAGAAGAGCCCCCCCUUGCCCCCUGCCACCCCUGGUCCCCCUCUCACCCCUGAUGACCCGGCCCAGCUGAGUGACAGUCAGCACGGCUCACCCCUCUCGGCCUCUGCCCCUCCCAUUGCCAACAGUGCCUCUUACACUGAGCUGGGGGGCACCCCCAGUGAGCCCAUGGAUCUGGAGGGGCCUGAGGACAACCACCUGAGCCUGUUGGAGGGGCCCAGUGGGCAGUCCCGGAAGAGCCUGCGGCACUCGGCCCGCAAGAAGGAAUGGAACAAAAAGGAGCCCAUGGCAAGUUCCCCCUUCGAGCGGAGGGACGUGGGGCCCAAGGGCUCCUGCCCAGGGGAGGAGAGCGAGGGGCUUGGGGACAGGGUUCCCAAUGGCAUCCUGGCCAACAGCGUAGCAGGGGGAGGCCCCAGCGGGCCCUACGGGGAGCCCCCAUACCCCUGCAAGGAGGAAGAGGAGAACGGCAAGGACGGGAGUGAGGACAGCGGGCAGAGCGGGAGUGAGGGGGGCAGCGGCCACGCCAGUGCCCACUACAUGUACCGGCAGGAGGGCUACGAGACAGUGUCCUAUGGGGACAACCUGUACGUGUGCAUCCCCUGCGCCAAAGGCUUCCCCAGCUCCGAGCAGCUCAACGCCCAUGUAGAGACACACACAGAGGAGGAGCUGUUCAUCAAGGAGGAGGGCGCCUACGACACGGGCAGUGGGGGCGCUGAGGAGGAGGCCGAGGACCUGUCAGCGCCCAGUGCAGCCUACGCCGCUGAGCCCCGGCCCUUCAAGUGCUCGGUCUGUGAGAAGACCUACAAGGACCCGGCCACCCUGCGGCAGCAUGAGAAGACACACUGGCUGACACGGCCCUUCCCCUGCAACAUCUGCGGCAAGAUGUUCACGCAGCGUGGCACUAUGACACGCCACAUGCGCAGCCACCUGGGCCUGAAGCCCUUCGCUUGCGACGAGUGUGGCAUGCGCUUCACCCGCCAGUACCGCCUGACGGAGCACAUGCGCGUGCAUUCAGGUGAGAAGCCCUACGAGUGCCAGCUCUGCGGGGGCAAGUUCACCCAGCAGCGCAACCUCAUCAGCCACCUGCGCAUGCACACCUCCCCCUCCUAGAAGCCAAAGACCUUCUCUGGCCUGCGGGUGCCCUCUGUAGACUCGCCCUCGGGAACAACGGAAGGAAGAAGCAAGGAGGCCGGGUGGGCGGACCCGGACCCCAAAUCCAGCGAGGGUGGCUCCUGGUGGUACCUCCAGCCAGCCCCCGCACCCAGAGCUUUAAUCCACAGUCUGUACCAAGGGAAGAGAGCAGAGGAAGGCCGGGUCCUAAGCCCCAAAGGUAUUGUGGGUGUGCAUUCUACCUCUGGAUCCUGCCCAGGCCCCUGGCUCCCCCCUCAGGGCUGCCACAGGGCCUGUGGGAGUGGGUCGAGGGGACCCGGCCUUGCAGGUCAGGUCUGGGCAGGGGCUAGUGGGGACCUUCCUCUGUGCUGGGAGGAUCAGGGCUGCCUGUGGCCAGGGGCAGUGUCUCUACAGGCACGAGCAUAGUCUGUGCGGCCGCCUUAGCUCUAAGGGGAGCGGUGCUGGGUGAGCAGUGUUGGCGGGAGUGGGCGGAGCCCUCCCUCCUGGAGUCAGGGGGCCCCACCGCCUACCUCUCCACAACUAAAGAGCCCUCUGGGCCUGUGUUGCUGUUAUUCCUACUGAUCUGUUCUUUUUUCCUUUAUGAGAUUUGUUUUUUAAACCAAAACCAACAGAGUUUAUUUUCCUCCCGGCCCCUUGGGGCCGAGCCUGGGUCUGCAGACUGAAUGUAUGGGGCAGUUGCCCCUCCCGCCCUGGCUGCAGGCUGCGGGGCGCCCACCCCCCCAGGCCCCAGAAGCCCUUCUUGGCCAAAGGCUUCCCUGGGCCCCGAGCCCCACCUCGGCUGCCUCAGGAGAGAGAGUGCUUUUCCUAUAGUUUCCCAGGAAUCUUCUUUGUUUAGAGGUACUUGUUUUUUAUUAAGACAAAAACCAGUGUAAUGUUUAUGUGAAUGUUUGAACUGGAAGGUCUGGGGUUCAAGGGGGGAGGGGGGAGGCUGGACCGGGUGCCAGGGCCGUCGGUACUCUUGUUUUCCUUUUCUUUGUGUGCGUGGUGUGCGCAGUGUGUGUGGGCAGGUGUUGCGCUUUCCUUCUUCCUUACCUGUCAAGGUGGAGAGACUUCUGACCUUUUGCUACCUCUUGAAAUUCAUGAAGAACAGUAAGUUGGUGACUGGCAGUUGAGGCCGUGACACUUUUGUUUUCCUCUUCUUAGCGCACGCAGGCGUUCAAGUGCACAGCCCUGGGCCCCACCACGCACACCACGUGCUCAGUGAGGCUUCUGCAGCUUUGGAGUCUUAGGGCUCAUGUGUGGCUUUUCUUCUGAGCACAGGGCUAGCCAUGGCCACUGAGGGUAUCUGAGUGUGUUGCUGAGAGCCAGGGAGCCCCGCCCAACACCAGUCUGGGCCCAGGAGAGGGUGUGAGUGCUCCAGCCCUGUGGGAGCCAGGUUCUCAGCAACGGGGAGAUCGAAGCCAGCUCUUUGCAGCUCCCUGCGAGGGCCGGGAUGAGGUGGAAGUGAGCCCCCCUCCCAUCCUGUCCCCUGGGCCUGCAAGAGCCUGAGCUUGUGAAAGCAGCAGCCUGUCUAGCCAUUGUGAGCAGGUGCUACCAAUGUGGAGGGGUGAGGAAGGGCCGACCAAAGCGUUAUGUGCCCCCUGCUACUGUUCUCAAGGCUGGCUGCCACCCUUUGGCCCAGCCCUGUCUGGGGUUCCAUCCCUUGCCCCUCAGGUUUCCUCUGCCAGCCUCAGACACCUCCACCGGGUGAGAGCCUGGCUCCGGGGCUGGACCGAGGUUGCCGAAGUUGGCUUCACUGUCCUCAGCUGCCUGGAGCCACAGGACUGGGCCGGCGGCUUUAUCUUCAUUUUGCUUCGUGCUUUUGCUUUUUAUUUUUUCUUUCUACUUUAAGUUCAGACCAAAAAAAUUCUGGAGUCAUCCCCUACCCUUACCCUUCACCCUUCCAGAGACCCUCCAGCUAAAAUCAGAGCCUGAGUUCAGGGACUCGAGUGGUGAAUGGUGUGUUUGGGAGUGAGGGCCCCUGAGUGAGCCCUUGUGUGGUGCCCCCAGGCUCGACCAGCUCUUCUUCCCUCUGGGUGGGGAGUGGAGGGCUGGGGCCAGGGCCUCUUGUUCCAGCAGGUCAGUGAGGGGGCAGGGCCUGACGCGGGCCCCUGUGCCCUCCCCACCCCCGCCUACUCCAUCAGCACUUAAGCCACACGACACAAAGUCUGUACUGCACGGGAGGUGCACGCACGCCCGGCCCGUGUGUGGCCUCCCGGCCGCGGGCAGCCGAAAACGUGAGGCGUCCUGUGGAAGCAGGUGAUCCUUCGCAGAGCUUCAGGGAACGGGCGCAAAGGCCCCUCACUCAACGCGUUCGCGCGACGUAGUAUUGUACCCACCUGAGUAUUGUAUCGAGCCUUUUCUGUAUUUUAACAAGAAAGCAGAACACUAGUUUCCUAUUUAAGAUUUUAAGGGUUUGCGGGCGGGGUGGGACUGACACAACACUUGGUUUUGUUUUCUUUCUCCUCUGGUCUCACGUGGAGUGUGCUUGCGAGCGAGUGCGUGGAAAUGUGUCAAGAGCUUCACAAGGAAAUUGGGCCGUUGGAGGCCGAGGGCGGCUUACAGUUCUCUGCUUUAGUCACUUAGUUCCUGAAUGUUUCGGAGAAACAGGAAACAGAAAACAGCAGACGUCAUGUAGGAAAGAGGAUAAACAACAACAAGAAGAAAAAAGAAAAAAAAAGCUCAUACCCAAAUUCACAAAACCUAUUUUUUAAACCAAAGCACAUUUUGAAUGAGUAUGGAACCUCAGCGGGCUCAGAAAAAAAGAUACUAAUAUAUUUAUCUCAUUGUUUACAUAAACUUUUACAGUUUCAGACCUCAGCAGCUGUAAGGCCAGUCCCAGUGAGUCCCCACCUUCCGCUGGCGCUCCCAGGCAGAGGGCAGCUAUGGGGCCGGUGCGGAGGCCCCUCAUUCACCUGAGCCUUCCUUCCCAGCCCCGGGCCUCUCCAAGCCCAGCUGGCACCAAAGAGCUUGGGCCGGUGCUGACCAGCCCCCAGACCUCCUGGCAGUCCUGGCCAACUGGCACAGCAGAGGGUGGCCGUCGGCUCUGACCACAGGACCUGAGCCUGGGCUUGGGCCCCGGGAUGGAGGCAAGCCUCCCCACGUGCUGCUCUGCCCGAGAUCCCGGGGUGGGUUGAUGUCAGGGUCCCUCUCAAGCCAAAAAGCCAGGACCUUUGCACGCCCAUUGAUUCUGGCUAGUCCCCGUCCCUGGGGACCCUGCCCCCCACCCCCGCCAGCAGUGGGAGGGGCUGACUGGGCUGGUCCUUACCAACACGGAUGGUGCAGACACUCUCAACAGUGUUGUUUUUGUAUCAAUAUGUUUGUGCAGUGAUGAAUGUAUUUAUUUCUCAGACUUGGGGCGAGCGAGGGGCAGGCCGGGCGCUGCCACCGCACGCUCCUGCCAGACCGAGCCACCGCGAGGGCUCGUCCAGGAUUGCAAAAAAGAAACGACAAACCUUUAAGCAAAUAAUCUCAGAGACUCGCAGCAUAGCCAUACACCGCAGCCUGUGAAACGAACCACCCGGACCCGACUGACUCGCAGGACCUCGUGCAGCCACGCGUCCUUCCCCACCAGCCGCCACUCUGGGGGCGGGGCUCUCCCUGCCCCACCCUGUCCGUGUUCACUGGAUCUGACCGAGUGCAGGAGUGCGAUCUGGGGGGCGGGCUGGGCGGGCGGACCCCCGCCGCCCCCCCCUCCACAGCCGUCCUGAGUUGGGGUGAGGCCUGGGCAGCCGGGAGGGCAGGGCUCAGGGAAGAGGUCACUGCAUCCAUGCUGUCCCCUUGGCUUGGGGGACAGAAGCAGAGGCGCCAGGCCUUAGGAGAAGGAAUGAGGACCUCAGCCCCGCCACGCCCCGUGGAGGGACCAAGGCCCUUGCUCUGCCCCAGAGCCGCGUUGGGGCGGUAGUUCUUGAGCCUGUGAAUCUGAUGCCAGGAGUGAGGGGCUGGAAAGGGACCUAACCAGAGCCUCAGUCUGACAUUCCAAACCAGGGGGUGGGUGUGCACUGUGGGAAUUGGGGCUGCCCAGUCCCCCCCAGCUUCAGUCACCCCACUUUAGUUUUCUACCGGGAACCCCUCCCCCUACCUCACCUUGCUAUUUAUUGCUGUAAUUUAUUGACCUCAGAAAUGCUGCAUAACAGACCUCACUUGGGGCAGGGAGGGUCCCCAGGGCUCCCCCCCCUCCACUUGGCGGGGCCCUGUGGGGCCAGGUGCUGAGGGGAACCUCCCUGUACCCUGCCCAUCACUUGCUUUCCCCCUCCCCCCUUGGGGAAGCCCAGGUUGGGCACUGGCCCAUUCAUAAAUACCUCGAGGGGGAGGGGGAGGGAUGGGAUUAUAGCUGUUUGUUUAAUUGGAACUGGAAGAGGGAUCAUGUCCUUUACGUCCUUCCCAGAAAGGGGGGGGGACACUGUGAUCGCACUCCUGUACUGGCCACCGCCGCUGUCAGUCAUCACAUUGAGUUCACUUCCCUUGAGAGUUUGGAUAAAUUCAGGUCAGAGCUGCAAGUACGCAGCCCUUGAGUGUCAUAGAAAAGCAAUUCACCGACAACUGAUCUCUCCAUUCAGAAGCGUGCAGUCUUAAUGUACAGUGAUGAGAAACUGUUAUUUUAUGAUCUUUUCAUUAAAAGCUUGAUUGAAAACUC